CCAGCUGUUGCCCGGCAACCGCGGCCGGGCCGGACAGGAGGCACUGGCAAUAGGAAGAUGGUUUGACUGCUGGCCCUUUCUACAACUGUCUUUCUUCUAAGAAUGCCAACUGUAAAUGUGGCUGGCAAUUGCCAGCCAGAAGCAGACUGUGCCUCUACUUCAUCAAAAGGGAUAGCCUCAUUCUCCCAAGUGAAGAUGCAGGAGCCGGUCCUUGGAGAUACCAGUGUGAUGCCCCCCCCAGUGCGAACAUCUGUGGUGAACCCUGCAGCCAACAUCCGCCACAUGCGACGGAUCAUUGCUGAGGAUCCAGAGUGGUCCCUAGCCAUCGUACCACACCUCACUGAGCUCUGCCUUCAGCACAUCAUCAUCAACUUUGAAAAGAAACCUAUUUUGAACCAUCUCUUGCCUGAGCACCAAAAGAGAGUGCUGGACAGGAUCUCCACAGGCCUUCCUCUCUCUGUGACAGCCAACCUGAUCAGUGAUGAAGGCUACUGGAAGAGGUGCUGCAUUGAGCGUUGGACAGUUUGUGAUGUCUCCUGCUAUGGGGGCAGCUGGAAGCGGAUGUUCUUUGAACGCCACCUGGAGAACAUCCUCAAGUACUUCGUCCCUAAUGUAACAGACCCUGAUCGGGUCCUGGAUGUCAUCCCUCUCUGCAAGGACUAUGUCAGGAAGCUGGAGAUUGACCAGUUCCUCCCUCCAGUGAAGCUAGAUGAGAAGAAGGAAGAGGAAGACCUGUCUGAUUCUGGGAGUGAUGUUGAGAAUGAUGAACUCUCCAUGCACCACUAUGACAUAGGGGGGCUCAUUGUUGCCCUUCCUCAUCUAGAAGAGCUGAAUCUGUCCUAUGGAGUGAAGGAUUGUGGCAUGAACUUUGAAUGGAAACUCUUUAACUUCACCUCUAAGGACUGUUCCAAUCUGGCCAAGGGUCUUAAGAAGUGCCAAAGCUUGAAAGUCUUCAAACUGACCCGCAGCAAAGUGGAUGAUGACAAGGCCCGGCUGCUGAUUCGGAACUUGUUGGACCACCCAUGCCUGGUGGAGCUGGACUUCUCUCACAAUCUGAUUGGGGACCGAGGAGCGAGAGCCAUUGGCAAACUGAUGAACCACAGCAGACUAGAAAUUCUCACCCUGUGCAAUAACCAGAUUCGGCCCCCAGGUGCCCAGGCAAUUGCUCAUGCUCUCGCUAAGAAUUCAACACUGAUAUCUUUGAACUUGCGCCUCAACUGCAUUGAGGAUGAGGGAGGGCAAGCCGUAGGCCACGCCUUGCUGAGCAAUUCCUCUCUGAGAUCUAUCAAUCUGGCAGGCAAUGAGCUGUCAGAGCCCACAGCGACACUUUUCUCUCUAGUCCUUGCUCAGAACACAGCUCUCACUAGCAUCAACCUCUCAUGCAACCACAUAGGACUGGAUGGUGGGAAGCAGCUGCUGGAAGGAAUGUCAGAUAACAAAACCAUGACUGAAUUUGAUCUACGCCUGGCAGAGGUGGGACAGGAGAGCGAGUACCUCAUUAACCAGACCCUGAGGGCCAACCAGGAGAUAGCCCGUUUGAAGACCCUGCAGCAAUCAAACUCCCCCCGAGAAAAGCUCCCAUAGUCGGAUUAGUCUUUCAUACAUUGUUAUUUUGCUCUGCAGCUAUUGAAAUGAAAUGCUUCUUUUUACUGA